AUGGUUUUUAGACACUAUCAUGUAGAGACUACUAUGGUUGAAAUUAAGAGAACCAUCCCUAAAGGACACGGUCAGUUGAAGGAUUUUAAGACAAAGAAGAUAUUUGUUGGUGGGAUUCCAUCAACAGUUACUGAAGAUGAGUUUAAUCAUUUCUUUUCCAAGUAUGGGAAAGUCGCGGAACACCAAAUUAUACGUGACCAUGAAACCAACCGCUCGCGAGGCUUUGGAUUUAUAGUUUUUGAGGAGGAAGAAGUUGUAGAUGAAAUUUUAUCCAAUGGAAAUAUGAUAGAUAUGUCUGGUACCCAGGUGGAGAUCAAGAAAGCUGAACCAAAGAAAUCCUCAAACCCACCACCUGCUUCUGCAUAUGGUAGCAAUUCUAGGUCUCGUUCAUUCAAUGAUGGCUUUGGUGGAUAUGGCAGUUCUUAUGGGGACUUGGAUGCAGGCUUUGGACCUGGUCCCUUUAGGACCCCAGGUGGUCUUGGUGCUAGGAUAGGGAGCGGGUAUGGUUAUGGCAGUAGUGGUGAUUUUGGCGGAGGUUAUGGAGGUUUUGGAGGCAAUAGCUUAGGUGGCUACCGAGGUGAAUCGUCCCUUGGUUAUUCUAGUAGAUUUGGACCUUACAGUGGUGGUUUUGGUGGGGGAUAUGGCACAAGUGGCUUAGGAGGAUAUGGCCGAGGGGUUGAUGGCUAUGGGAGCUAUGGAACUUCCAGUUAUGGUGGAGGUUACGACUCCGGUCCUGGUGCUAGUUAUGGAGGAGCAAGUGGUUUGUAUGGAAGGGGAGGCUAUAGUGGGGGUAGUCGAUAUCAUCCUUACGCAAGGUAGAAUCAUUGCAUAGUCAGUACCAUCCAUCCCUUUGCAAGCUAGUAAAGAAGUCUCACUCCAUUGCUGUCUUGCUUAGAUUUGCCAUAGAGUCUUCAAUCACAGGUUCCUAUAGUUUCGUGGCCCAGUGAUAAGCGGUUCUCACAAAUACUAGACGUCCCAAGGAAGCUAUUUAAAGACCCGAAGAGUGUAUUAGACAUUUUAUUGUAUGGUUUUUAGACACUAUCAUGUAGAGACUACUAUGGUUGUCCCGAUCUAGUACGAUUUUAAUUUAGCGUGCCAUGGUGUAGGCUUUAGCAUA